UUGAACUUAAAAAAAAAAGUUAAUUACUUAUAAAUAGAGUUGAAAUUAAUUGUUUUUAUCACAAACGCGAAAUAAGAAUAUGGUUAUUAAGAACAAAAUAUAAACUAAUAUUUCAUUAUGACUUUGAUAAGUCAGAAAACUUGUCUCAAUAAUUAUGUUCCACAUUUAUUUGAUACAUUACAAUUUCUUGGUAUAUAUAAAAGUGAAAAAAAAUUUCCAUUAGCUUUAAAUAUUUUCACACAAAUAAUAAUAAGUGGAUUUCUAUCUGCUAAUUUAUGUCUAAUAUUAUCGGAAUUAAUAGAUUUUAAAAAUGCAAAAAAUGCAAGAGAAUUAGCAACAAGAAUUGGACCUGUUUCAUUACACAUUACUGGAUUAAUGAAAUGGUGUUUUUGUACGUUAAACAUUAAUAAAAUAACUCAUCUAUUGUCACAAUUAAAGCAAUGUUAUUUCUAUUCUUUCGAUAUUUGUACAAAUUCAAAAGAAAAAGAAGAAUUUCAUAAUGAAAUGGAAUUAGCAAGAAAAAGAAGUAAAUUAUUUAUAAUUUUGUGGCCUGCAUUAGGAAUGUCAGGUGCUUUACACUAUUGUUGCAAUCCACUAUCAUUUCGUUUAUACAAAAUUUAUAUACAACAUCAAGAUAGUAGAAAUGUAUCAAAAAUAUUACCAAUAAAUGGAUGGUUUCCAUGGGAUGAUAAUAAUUAUUUUGGAUAUUCAUAUAUUUUACAAAUUUUUGGUGUUUUAGGAUGUUGCGUAGGAAGUGUUUCUUAUGAUCAAUUAUAUGUAUCGACAUUAAUAAUUAUUUCUGCUUUUAUAAAACAUCUUUUAAAUUCUCUACAAUUUCAAAAUGUGGAUAUAAAAUCAUCUAGAGGAGAUGUAACACAAUACAAUUGUUUUGAGACUAGAUUAAAAAAAUGUGCCAUACAAUAUGCAGAAGUUUUAAAUUUUUUAGAAGAAUUAGAGAAAGUUGGAAGUCCCUGCAUGUUUGUUCAAUGUGUGCAAAAUAUUAUUAUUUUAUGUCUUUCAUCAUUUGAAGCGGCAACACUUGAUUAUACUAUGGAUGCGGAGUGCAUUUUAAAAAUUUUGACAAUGAUUGAAUUUGUGAGUGCAAUUACCAUACAGUUAUUUUUCUUCUGCUUUGUUGCAACACAUAUAAAAUCACUGGGAUUUAAGGUAGCAGAUGCCGCGUAUGCUUGCGAAUGGGUUUCCUCCUUUGAUACAUUAGAAUUGAAGAAUAAAAAAUUUGAUAGAGGUAAAAAAGUGAAGUAUUUAAUACUUAUGGUUACAAUUCGUUCACAACGACCAAUUCUUCUUACUGGCGGUCCGUUUUAUAUACUUUCGUUAGAGACAUUUAAAGCGAUAAUUGGUCUCGCUAUAUCAAAUGCAGUAAUAUUGAGUCAAGUAUAUAAGGGUUAAUAUCCUCAUAGAGACAACAAACAAACAGAGCGCAAGAAAAAUAAUUUUGAAAUUUUAUAAAAUUAUAUUAUAUUUAUUAAAAUAUUUAAUUAAAAAUAAUGUACUCAAAUUAUAAAAUCAUCUAUAAGAAAGUAAUUUAUUAUUUAAUAAAUCAAUUAAAAAAAUAAAAUUCAAAAUCAUUUUGGAUCCGAUAUUUUGAAUUUUUUAAUUUCAACUUAAGAAUUAUAAUCAACGAUCCAAAAAUAUUCCAGAAACCAAGUUUCAUAAAAAUCGAAUAAUUUUUUUAAAUUUUCGUCCGCUAUAUUGGAUCUACCAUUUUUAAUUUUUUAAUUUCGAAUUCGUCAUCAGCGAUCCCAAAAAUCCCUAAGUGGCAAAAUUUUAACUGAAAUUCAUCAAUUUUUUAAAAAAUUUUCAUUUUAAACUAUAAAAAUUCAUAUUUUUCUAAUUUAUGAUGAAAAAUUUUAUAGAAUAAUUUUUCACCUACAUAAUAGAAUGUUUGUACAAUGAUAAAAAUUUUUGUAGGUCGCGCGCAAAGAUAUUUAUUAAAUACACAUCACCCAUACCAAAAAAUAGUAUAUAAAUAAUCGUAAUUUGAAUAUUAUUAUCAAUUUAGUCUGAGGAAAUUUUCAUUUAUUAUUAUUUUUAAAACGACAGUAGGUUUGUAAAAAAAAUUUAAUCAUUUACUUUUAUCUGUUUGUCACAUUUUUGUUGUAAAAAAAAAUAUAUUCACUUGAGUAGAUAAAAAAAAAUUUUUUUUU